AUGGCUGGCUCUGCCUUCCCCCCAGGGCUACCGCCUCGAGGUCCUUAUUACAUCCCAGGGUAUACUGGACACUGCCCACAACUUGGGUUCUGCCUGGGUCAGACCUAUGGACAUUCAACUGGACACCUGCUACGGUAUGGUCCCUCCGGCCUAGUCUGGCCCCCUGCCCACCGCAUACUUCUGCCCCCAAUCAAUACUGUUGGAUCUCUUAAGGCAGAAGAGCCUCCCUGGCAUGGCCAUGAGAGGAUCAACUCUGGCAUGAUCCCAGGGUACACAGGCUUUGUGCCCCGGUCUCAGCACAUCUUUGCCAAGAGAUGCACCCAGGUCUGGGCUGAAGCUUUAAGGGACUUCACCAGCCAGGCAGGUAGAGGGUAUAAAGAGCUGCCAGUGGUUCAGAAGGAGGAGUUGGAGUCCAAGACAGAGGAUGAGAAGGAGUCUGAGCCAGAAAAGUGCCUGAGGCUGGAACAGAAACCAGGGGAAAAUUCCAAAGCUUCCCCUUAUUCCAUGGAUGACAAAGAUCCUGGCAAGUUCUUCAUCUCAGGGUUUACUGGAUAUGUGCCCCGAGCCCGUUUCCUCUUCGGCUAUAGUUACCCUGUCCUCACCAAUCAGGCCCUGCAGGAAUUUGGGCAGAUGUGCCCAGUGGUCAGGGGUCAGAGGGGCCAUAAGAAUCUUCCCAGCAUUUCCAGAACUAACUCACAAGACUUAGGCAUAAUGCCCUACUACAGAGGUUAUGUGCCAGGCUAUAAGUUCCAGUUUGGCCAAACCUAUGACACCCUCACCCACGAUGCUCUGGGCCUCAGAACCUAGCAGAAGCAGCUCCGUUCUUACUUUCCCCAAAGCUAG